CCGCCCAUCGCCUCCGCUAUAAGAGAUGGGGGGAUACCAGCCGGGAUAAACUGGGAUAAACUCGUAUCAAUCCAGCAUAUUAGUCUCAUCAGCACAAUCCAGACUACAUUCCUCUGUUCCGCUUUUCAAUCUCCGUCUCAGCCACAUUCUCCAUUUACAACCCCAAUCUCCACCUCAAACACAAUGUCUGAAUUCCUGCCCACCUUGCCCACCUUUGCCUUCUUCGGAUCCACCGGAGGCUGCAUAAAUGCGUGUCUGGCCUUGACCCUCAAGGCGGGCUACCAGUGCACUGCCCGUACUCGUGCGCAGCCCCCCAAGCUGCAUGACCUGCUUCGCAAGCUGGAGGUCCCCGAAUCAGCCAUCGCAAACAACCUGGUCAUGAUCCAGGGCAAUAUCACCGACUUGGCAACCGUCCAGCAGGCCCUCUCGCUGCAUGGCCGCACAGUCGACAUGAUCAUCUCCGGGAUCGGCGGCAAGUUCCUGUUCAAGUCCGGAUUCAACGCCACGAUCGACAACCCGACCAUCUGCCAGGACGCCACGCGCACGAUCCUGGAGGCCGCGCGCACGUGCUAUCCCAAGCCGCGCUUCGUGGUGAUGAGCGGCACAGGCAUCGGGGCGACGGAGAAGCGCGACAUGCCGUGCCUGAUGAAGCCGAUGUACAACAUCCUGCUGAAGGUGCCGCACGCAGACAAGGAGGUGAUGGAGAAGCUGGUGCUAGCGGAGCUGGACCGGGCGCCGGCGGACCGGGCGUUCGAGGACUUCAUGCUCGUGCGGCCGAGUUUCCUGACGGACGGGGAGAGCGACGGCAUGGCCAAGAUCCGGGCAGGCACCGAGUCGAACCCGGCGGUGGGCUAUAUCAUCAGUCGCUCGGACGUCGGGCUGUGGCUGUUCGAGAGUGUCGUGCGCAAGGCCGGCCCGGGUCAGAACAGUCCCUUCUGGGGGCAGCGGGUGUCGAUCACCAUCUGAGGUUGUUGCAUCGUGAGGGAUGGAUUGUUCUUUAGCUUAAUUCUGAUGUUUAUAUGUAACGUGUUAGCUGGUUAUUAUUCCCAAUGUUUUUGGUUUUGUUCUC